ACAGUCUGAUCAGUGUUUAACACGAUGAAGUGGAGUGUAGUCGUAUAUUUGUCCGCCUAUUUAACAGUUUCCCUGGGCUGUCAGGCAGUGGUCAAAAAACAGGAAUCAGAAUGGUGGGAAAAUGCUUCCCUCUAUCAAAUCUAUCCUAGAUCCUUUCAAGAUAGCGAUGGUGAUGGUGUGGGUGACAUAAAAGGUAUUACCUCGAGAUUGGAAUACUUAAAAGAUAUCGGUAUAACAGCUACUUGGUUGUCGCCCAUAUUUGAAUCACCUAUGGCUGAUUUUGGUUAUGAUAUAUCGAAUUUUACACGUAUUGAUCCCACCUUUGGCAAUUUGGAUGAUUUCGAUGAAAUGUUAGCGAAGGCCAAACAAUUGGGGGUGAAGAUUUUAUUAGAUUUUGUGCCCAAUCAUACGUCCGAUGAGCAUGAAUGGUUUCAGAAGUCUGUGAAAAGAGAGGAGGGUUUUGAGGAUUUCUAUAUGUGGCAUGAUGGUAAAGUAGAUCCUACGGAUUCGAGUAAAAAAAUACCACCAAGUAAUUGGAAUUCCAUUUUUGGUGGUCCUAUGUGGACCUGGCACGAGGAGCGCCAACAGUAUUAUUUGCAUCAGUUUCUGGCUAAACAACCCGAUUUAAAUUAUUCUAAUACUUUGGUACGUCAACAUAUGCUAAAGGUUUUGGAGUAUUGGUUGCAACGUGGUGUAGAUGGUUUUCGUAUUGAUGCUGUUCCUCAUAUUUUUGAGAAACGUAAUGAUGAUGGUUCUUUUCCCGAUGAGGAAAUCAGUGGCGUUUCUUCUGAUCCUAAUACUUAUGAUUAUUAUACACAUAAGUACACAAAGGAUCAGUAUCCUACGAUAGAGUUACUGUAUGAGUGGAGAGCAUUUUUGGAUGAUUUCCGUGCUAAAAAUGGUGGUGAUAGUAGAAUUCUCUUAACCGAAUCCUACUCUCCCAUUGAUUUUCUCAGUUUAGCUUUUGCUAAUGCCACUAAUAAGGGAGCCCAAAUUCCCAUGAAUUUCAAUCUAAUGGAUUUAGUAUCCACUUCAACAGCUAAAGAUGUAGAAUCCUUAGCUAAUGCCUGGAUGGAUACCAUGUGGAAAGAACAUCAAAUUGCCAAUUGGGUGGUGGGUAAUCAUGACAGCAGUAGAGUGGCCAAUCGUAUUGGCACCAAUAAAGUAGAUUUAUUAAAUAUCAUUGUACACACUUUGCCCGGUACUUCAAUAACUUAUUAUGGCGAGGAACUGGGCAUGACUAAUGCCAUAACCGAAUGUACUCCCUCCUCCUGUGAGGAUCGCGAUCCCGAAAGAUCACCCAUGCAAUGGAAUUCACAAGUUAAUGCUGGCUUCUCACAAGCUGCCAAAACUUGGCUGCCUUUGUCUCAGGAUUAUGAAUUUUAUAAUGUUGAAACUGAGUCCCAAAUAGGACGCAGUACUUUGCAAAUAUUUAAAGGUUUACAAGAGUUAAAGAAGACUGCAGCUUUUAAGAACACCAAAGGAGAGGGAGGUUUCUCAUAUAAAGCUUUAACAGAGCAAAUAUUUCAAAUUAUAAGAGCUGUUCCUGAUAAAGAGGAAUACAUGAUUUUGGUCAAUAUGGGUGAUAAGUUGGAAUAUGUGGAGAAUUUAAGCUCAAAAACUUAUGAAUAUGUUUUGAUGAAUACUUUCUCACCACAUAUUAAGGGCGAUAAAGCCGAUCUGAGUGGACGUUUGUAUUUGAUGCCCAAUGAAGCAGUGAUUUUGAAAUGGGCGGCUUAAGUGGAGAAAAAUUUUAUAUGUAAAACAAGCAAGAAAUUAUAGUCAGGCGAGGCCGACCAUAUAAUACCCUACACCUGUUACAAAAAUAAAAUGUGAUUUAGUUUUCAUAAUAAAGCAUUUAAGUUGACUU